GUGAAAGGCUCUAUGUCAGUGUUUCUUCUUGCUAAGAAUUUUUUCUUUCUUAUUUUUCUCUCUAAAUAUGGCUGGCUUUGUUGUGUAUAGAAAUAAUUGUCAUGUUACUCACUGAAAAAGGCCCACUUUUUGCUUUCCAGUAAUCUGAUGCUCUGGUGUUUCAAAAUCUCUGCCAAUAACUAUAAUAUUUGGAAGCUAUAUUGGACUAUAUAUACUUUUCUAAAUACAUUUAGCUGAGUGUAGGGUAUUUCUGUACUUUUUUCUGCUCUUACCACUAUCCCCAACUCGUCUCUAACAAUGCCACUGCAAUUUAGAAUUUAAAUUAAAAGCCAAGGACUUCAAUCAAUACUCUCCUGUGUCCAUCUCUUCCUGUGAAUGCUUGUUUGUCCCUUUGCAGUCACCACCAUUUUCCCUUUUACCUACCCCCAGAGAUAACUGAACCUUCUAUUUGUGGAGUAUGAGACUGUGUUUCUAAUGUGUGGGCUAGAUGGUGUUGCAGACUGUCUCAUUUCUUGUUUUGCUCUUCUACUUUGCAGAGCACAUUUAUGUAAUCACUAGGCCAUGAACCCCUUACUGCUCUACUUAACUUCCUUUCUAGAGGUUGAAGAAAAUCACACUGACAAGAGGUAUUUCCUCUCUCUACUUCAGUAUGAGACAUCUCCUAGAUCUACUGUAUUGCUCUUCACCAAUUACAGAGGGAGUCUAGACAAGCAGAUCACCUAGGUGGGAAUUCCCCUGCUCACAUUAUCAAGGUUUAAAGGUGAAGUGGAAAUGAAACAGCAGCAUAAGAGGAAGCUGGGUAAAGAAUGAUGAACAAGAGAGAGAUGAAACACAACAUGGGUUAACUGGCAUGCAGGCACCAGAGCUGGAGCUGGCAUCUCUGGGGAUCUUUUCAGCACAGAGGUGAAAUAAUGACUAAACACAGCUGGCAAGCGUGGGCCAUCUACAUGCUCUUAGCUGCAAACCUCUCCGAACAGCAAGCGCUGAAGCAGGCUUGUCCUUCAUGCAAUGAUGCUCAGCUUUGCAACUGCUCUUCCAUGGGCUUGGACUUCAUUCCCCCAGGGCUCACUGCCAAAAUCACUAUGUUAAACCUGGCCCACAACAGGAUAAAGCACAUCCGAUCCCAGGACCUGCAGCAGGCUGUGAACCUGAGAGCCCUGCUGCUGCAGUCCAACAGAAUCAGCUCCAUAGAUGAAGACUCAUUUCAGUCCCUGGCGAAACUGGAGCUCUUGGACUUAUCAAAUAACAGCUUGGCUCACUUGUCCCCUGUGUGGUUUGGGCACCUUUUUUCGCUCCAGCACCUCCACCUUCAAGGCAAUUUCUACGGAGACCUGGGAGAAAGCUCUCCCUUUUCUAGUCUGAGGAACCUGAGCUCUCUCCGCCUGGGCAACCCACGGUUCUCUGUGAUAAGGCAAGGGAACUUUGAGGGCAUUGAGCUUCUCAACAAGUUGUGGAUUGAUGGUGGUAAUCUCAGUCAGUAUGAGCAGGGAAGUUUGAAAUUGAUUAAGAAGAUAAAUCACAUGGUCAUAAACCUAAAAAAUAUUAAUAUAUUCUCAGAAAUUGUUAGGGACCUUCUACACUCUGUGACUUGGCUAGAAGUGAGAAGAAUAGCAUUCAGUACCUCUGCUGAAAUGCAACUUUUGAGAGUCAUGUCUUCUUCUUUCGCAAAGAAAAUUUCUUUUAAAGAGACCUUAUUAACAGAUGCCACUGUGCCUGAGAUUGUCAGCAUUUUAGAAGACAUGCCAAAAUUAGUGGAGGUGGAGCUAAUAGACUGUAGACUCUUGGGAACUGGACAAUGGGAAAUGCAGAUUCAAGCAAACCAAUCACAGACCCUUAGAGUUCUCACAAUACAGAAAUUAUCUAUAGAAGAAUUUUUCUUGUUUACAGAUCUUCAGACUGUGCAAGAUCUACUAUUUCUUUUUACCAGAGUCACAGUUCGAAACACCAAAGUAUUUUUGGUCCCAUGCAGAAUUUCCCAACAUCUUCAGUCAUUAGAGUACCUUGACCUUAGUGCUAAUUUGCUUGGAGACCAGAGUUUAGAGCAUUCAGCCUGUCAGGGUGGAUGGCCAUCACUACAAACUCUAAAUUUAAGUCAGAAUUCACUGGGUGACUUAGAAAUGACAGGUAGAAGUUUGUCUCAUCUAAGAAACCUAAUUGUUUUAGACAUUAGCCAAAACAAUUUUGGUGAGAUUCCAGAUAAAUGCAAAUGGCCAAAAAACCUGAAAUAUUUAAACCUCUCCAGCACUCAAAUUCCUAAAGUAACGGCCUGCAUUCCCUCAGAGCUGGAAGUUUUGGAUGUUAGUGCUAACAACCUGAAGGAGUUUGGACUGCAGCUCCCAUUUCUGAAAGAGCUGUACCUCGCAAAAAACCAGCUGAAGACCCUGCCUGGUGCUGCACCCAUUCCAAACUUAGUGCUCAUGUCAGUCAGGAGAAACAAGCUCAACAGUUUCUCCAAGGAAGAGUUUGAGUCCUUCAAGAGAAUGGAGCUGCUGGAUGCCGGCGACAACAACUUCAUCUGCUCCUGUGAAUUCCUCUCCUUCAUCCACCACCAGGCUGGGAUAUCCCAGGUGCUGGUGGGGUGGCCAGACAGGUAUGUCUGCGACUCUCCGCUGGCAGUGAGAGGGGCCCAGGUUGGAGCUGUACACCUCUCCCUGAUGGAGUGCCACAGGUCCCUCGUGGUGUCAUUGAUCUGCAUCCUGGUGUUCCUGGUCAUCCUCAUCUUUGUAGUUGUUGGCUACAAGUACCACGCGGUCUGGUACCUUAGGAUGACCUGGGCGUGGCUCCAAGCCAAGCGGAAGCCCAAGCGAGCCCCACCCAAGGACAUCUGCUAUGACGCUUUUGUCUCCUACAGUGAGAACGACUCCAACUGGGUGGAAAACAUAAUGGUGCGGGAGCUGGAGCAGGCCUGCCCUCCCUUUCGCCUCUGCCUCCAUAAGCGGGACUUUGUGCCUGGGAAGUGGAUUGUGGACAACAUCAUUGACUCCAUUGAGAAGAGCCACAAAACACUCUUUGUGCUGUCCGAGCACUUUGUGCAGAGCGAGUGGUGCAAAUACGAGCUGGACUUCUCACAUUUCCGCCUCUUUGAUGAGAACAACGAUGCGGCGAUUCUUGUCCUCCUGGAGCCCAUCCAGAGCAAAACGAUUCCCAAGAGGUUCUGCAAGCUGCGGAAGAUCAUGAACACAAAGACCUACCUGGAGUGGCCUCUUGAAGAAGAGCACCAGCAAAUG